UAACAUAUAUGCAAGUAUAUAUUUCACAGCUUAUAAGAAGGCUCUAUUCAUAGACCUGAAUUGUGUUCCUCAUUUCUCUCACAUUUUAUAACUUUAGAAGGAUGGACAGAAGUCACUUGCAACGCCAGGUUGCCUACAUGAGGAGGUCCUUCUUUGAUCAGGGAUACCUCGACGAGCAAUUUAUUCAGCUGGAGGACUUGCAAGAUGAUACAAACCCCAACUUUGUGGAGGAAACUGUGCGAUUAUUUUACAGCAAUUCGACUAGACUGAUCCGAAACAUAGAACAGGCACUGGGGGAGUAUCCUCUUGAUUUUGGCAAGCUGGAUGAUUACAUGCAUCACUUCAAGGGUAGCAGCUCAAGCAUUGGAGCUAGGAAGGUGAAGAUUGAAUGCACAAGGUUCAGGGAGUACUGUGAGUCAGGAAAUGCUGAAGGAUGCAUCAGAUCAUUCCAACAAGUGAAGCAAGAGCAUGCAACUCUUAGGAAGAAUCUUGAAACUUAUUUUCAGUUGGCAAGACAAGCCCAUCCAGCUUAAACUGAGAGUGCCAAGUAAGAGAGAUGAUGAAGAUAAAGAGACUCCUUUGUGGUGAAUUUGUACUAUCUAAGUGCACAAGUCUUCACUUAUCAAAUAACACCACAUUUACCUUUCAAAAAAAAAUAAUAAUAAAAAAUAACACCACAUUUCAUAUGUUAGCACAUGUAACUUAUGGUUGUUUAAACCUUACAAAUGAUAUCCAUGCAACUUUAGCUUUUCCAUGAUUUA